AUGGCCGCUGCCAUGAGGUUUUUCCACCGAAUACACAUCGUCAUGCUCCUCUGCUACUCGAUAUCGUCUCUGCAUCUGCCUCGUGCUACUGCGAUUUCUUUUAACUCCAACUUCUCCGACCCCGACUACGACGCACAAGAUUUCAGUUUCCAGGGUGAUGCAUACUACGACACCCAGUCUCACAUGAUCCAACUGACAAGAAACGGCGAGGGUGCAAGCAUCAAGAACAGCGUAGGCCGAGCGUUCCUUGCGACGCCCAUGCCGCUGUGGGAUACCGUCACGGGCGAGCUCGCCCGCUUCACCACCUCCUUCACCUUCCAAAUCAAGGUAAACAAUGCAACCACUGGCGAUGGCUUGACAUUCUUCCUCGGGCAUUAUCCUCCGGCGAGCAUUCCCAAUGUUAAACGUGAGAUGGGCGGCGGGAACCUCGGCCUCUUCAACACAACCCCCGGCACGGUCGCGACCGGCGAUGACCGAGCCGUGGCGGUUGAGUUCGACACAUACUUGAACGAUGGCUUCGACACCAGCAGCAGUCACAUGGGCAUUGAUGUCAACUCCAUUGUCUCACGGGCGUACACCAACGCGACCGUGCCUCGUAGGAACCUAACGUCUGGUCUCCCAAUGACUUGCCACAUCAGCUAUGGUAACGACACGAAAGUCCUAGCGGCUGUUCUCCAGAUCGGCGACACGACAUACCGUGUCAACACUAGUCUUGACCUGAGGCAGUUCUUGCCUAGUGUGGUGGCCAUCGGCUUCUCGGGUGCCACCGGUGUGGCUGUGGAGCUACACCAAAUAAUGUCAUGGUCAUUUGACUCAACCUUGGACCCGCGGCCUGCACCGAAGAGCCCCCCUCCUACACCAAAGAUCCUGCUAGUGGAGGUAAUAACUGGACCAGUUAUUGGAGUUAUAACAAUUGUGUGCAUCUUUGUUGGCGUCCGUCGAUGGCAGCUAUGCACGAGAAAGAAGCGUUAUAGAGCUCUCGCCGGGGGCCUUGGACAUAUUGGUUAUCGUAAGUUGGCGCAUGCGUCCAACAAAUUUGCAGAGGAAAACAAGCUCGGGGAAGGAGGCUCUGCCUCUGUUUAUCGGGGCCAACUGGCAAGUCCAAGUAGACCGGUGGCGAUAAAGAGAUUCAAGCUGGCAGAAUCGGGUGAGGAGAGGAAAGCGUUUGAGGACGAACUCAGGAUUGCCAGUCGGCUGAGGUACCGGAACCUUGUCGAAUUGAUAGGCUGGUGCUAUGACGGCCAAAGGAACUUGGUUGAGUUUAUAUGUUGGUGGCGGGAUGACAGGUACACACGUCUCUUCCUUGUGUAUGAGCUUUUGCCACAAGGCAGCCUUGAUCAACACCUACACAAGGGAAACAGUUGGUUAGCAUGGUCCAAGAGGUACGAGAUCAUCCUCGACCUAGGGUCUGCGCUGCAAUACCUCCAUGUAGACUGCGAGCAAGGCCAACAAUGUAUCGUACACGGUGAUAUCAAGUCCAGCAACGUGCUUCUUGGGUCUUCAUACAAUGCCAAGUUAGGUGACUUCGGAUUGGCAAGAUUUGUUCACCACGAAACUGGGUCGCAGACCACUGAUGUCGUGCAAGGCACUUACGGAUAUAUUGACCCUGUGUUCGUGGACACGAGCCAACGGAACAGGCAGUCAGACAUCUACAGCUUCGGUAUUGUUCUACUAGAGAUGGUCUCUGGAAGGGACCCAACAACGCGCCUCCAUGAUAUGCCUCCAUUGUCGUCGUGGGUAAGAAGUUUGUACUACAACAAUGCGGUCCUUGAGGCCGCAGAUGACAGGCUGAUAGGCGGCGAGUCCAGUACCGGGCGACAACAGAUGGAGCGUGUGCUACUUGUCGGGCUCUUGUGCGUGCACCAGGACCCGAGCAGCCGGCCGUCCAUCACCCACACCAUGGAUGCCCUGCGAUCGGAGGAGCUGACAUUGGACAUGACUCCCUUGGUGCCGGUGACACUCUCGCUGCCAUAG